AUGGCCGUGGGCACCCAGCUGUGGCUGCUGCUCUGGAAGAACUUCACCUACCGGCGGAGGCAGAGGAUCCAGCUGGCCAUCGAGCUGCUGUGGCCCCUCUUCCUCUUCGUCAUCCUGAUCUCUGUGCGUCGCUCCCACCCGCCCUUCAUGCAGCACGAGUGCCACUUCCCCAACAAGGCGCUGCCGUCGGCCGGGACGCUGCCCUGGAUCCAGGGCAUCAUCUGCAACAUGAACAACCCCUGUUUCCGCUACCCAACAGCGGGCGAAGCCCCUGGCACCGUGGGCAACUUUGACGGCUCCAUCCUCCUGCGCCUGCUGGGGGAUGUGCGGCGGGUGCUGCUCAGUGCGCAGGGGACGCAGCUGCGCGGCCACGCGGGACGGCUCCUGCGCGCCCUGCAGCAGCUGCGGGGCAGCGUGGCGCUGCCGAGGGCGCUGCCCCUCGGGGGAUCCCUGCGGGAGGUCCAGAGCUUCUCCCGCUUCCUGCGCCUCAACACGUCGCUGCCGCCAGCACUGGUGGAUGAGCUGCUGGCGGCCCAGCUCAACCUGCGUGGCCUCGCCCGGGUGGGUGCCCGGGUCCCACUGGAGGCCCUGGUGUGCGAUCCCGACGCGCUGGCGAAUGUCCUGGUGGCGGGUGAUGCCGCGGGCGCGCGGCGCCUGCAGCAAGGGCUCUGUGCGCUGCCCGGCCCCACGCUGCGCGCCCUGGAACGCGCCUUUCUCACCCAGCUCGAUGUGCCCCGGCUCCUCGCGGAGCAGCUCAGCGUGGGCAUGGACGACGUGGCUGAUGCCACAGCGGCCCUGGCCGCGGUGCUGCAGGGUGCCGAGAUGCUGCUGCAGGAGGUCUCCUCCAGCAGCAGCUUCGCGGAGCUGCGGCAGGAGCUGGCGGUGCUGGCGGCUGCCAACGGCAGCAGCUCCCUGGUGGGCGCCCUCGGGGCGCUGUCCCGCAUCGCCUGUGGGCACCCCGAGGGCGGCGGCUUCCAUGUGCCCUCCCUCAACUGGUACGAGGACCACGAGCUCGGCGCCUUCCUGGACCGCAACAGCUCCGAGCGCAGCGCCGCGGACGCCAGCAACGCCAGCAGUCCCUUCUGCAAAGAGCUGCUCCGCAGCCUGGAGUCCAGCCCCAUCUCGCAGCUUUUCUGGAGGGGCGUCAGGCCGCUGCUCGUGGGCAAGAUCCUGUACACGCCGCCGGGCGCUGGCCCCGAGCGCGUCAUGGCUGAGGUGAACCGGCCCUUCCGGGAGCUGGCGGCGCUGCGGGACGCGGCGGGCGCCUGGCGGGAGCUGGCGCCCCGGCUCUACACCUUCCUCAACAGCAGCCUGGAGAUGCGGCUCGUGCAGGAGCUGCUGCAGGCCCCGGGCUCCGCGCGCCUCCUGGACAGGCUCCUCAACGGCACCUCCUGGGACCUGCCGGCGCUGGCCGCCUUCCUGGCUGCGCCGGCCACGGGCCCCGGCCUCACCUGGCACCGGGUGUUCGCCGAGGCUGACCGGGCGGUGGGGACACUGGCGCAGCUGCUGGAGUGCGUCCAGCUGGACAAGAUCGAGGCGGUGGCCACCGAGGAGCAGCUGGUGGCCCGGGCGCUGCAGCUGCUGGAGCAGCGGCAGUUCUGGGCCGCCGUGGUGUUCGAGGGAGCCGCCACCAGCCCGGCCGGCACGCUGCCCCGCCACGUGCGCUACAAGAUCCGCAUGGACAUCGACGAGGUCACGAGGACCAACAAGAUCAAGGACAGGUUUUGGGACCCGGGCCCGGCGGCCGACCCCUUCAGCGACCUGCGCUACGUGUGGGGCGGCUUCGCCUACGUGCAGGACCUGGUGGAGCAGGCGGUGGUGCGGGCGCAGAGCGCGGCCGCCCCCCGCACCGGCGUCUACCUGCAGCAGAUGCCCUAUCCCUGCUACGUGGAUGACGUGUUCCUGCGCGUGCUGAACCGCUCGCUGCCACUCUUCAUGACGCUGGCCUGGAUCUACUCGGUGGCCAUGAUCAUCAAGGGGGUGGUGCACGAGAAGGAGACGCGCCUCAAGGAGACCAUGAAGACCAUGGGGCUGAGCAGCGGCAUCCUCUGGCUCAGCUGGUUCCUCAGCAGCUUCAUCCCCUUCCUCCUCAGCUCGGCCUUUCUCGUCCUCAUCCUCAAGCUAGGGAACAUACUGCCCUACAGCGACCCCGCCGUGAUCUUCCUCUUCCUCGGCACCUUCUCGGUUGCCACCAUCUGUCAGUGCUUCCUCAUCAGCACCUUCUUCCUCCGCGCCAACCUGGCCUCGGCUUGUGGCGGCAUCAUCUACUUCUCCUUCUACCUGCCCUACGUGCUGUGCGUGGCCUGGCGGGACCACGUCACCUUCCCUCUCCGCGUGCUCAUGAGCCUGCUGUCGCCGGUGGCCUUCGGCUUUGGCUGCGAGUACUUCUCGCUCUACGAGGAGCAGGGCGAGGGCAUCCAGUGGCACAACCUGGGCGCCAGCCCCGUGCCCGGGGACCCCUACAACUUUGCCACGGCCAUGGCGCUGCUGCUGCUGGACGCCGGCCUCUACGGCCUGGCCACCUGGUACAUCGAGGGCGUCCUGCCAGGUCGCUACGGAAUUCCCAAGCCCUGGAACUUCCCCUUCCUGCGGAGCUACUGGUGCAGCGAGGAACCAUCGGGCGGGCUCCCCCCGCACCCCACCGCCGCGCUGGCUGCGCCCACAGUGCUGGUGGAGGAGCCGCCGGCCCAGCUCCCGCCCGGCGUCUCCAUCCGCAACCUGGUGAAGAUUUACCGCAAGGGCGGCCGCGCGGCCGUCGACGGGCUCAGCCUGGACUUCUACGAGGGCCAGAUCACCUCCUUCCUGGGCCACAACGGGGCUGGCAAGACCACUACCAUGUCCAUCCUCACCGGGCUCCUGCCGCCCACCUCCGGCACCGCCUACAUCCAGGGCUGGGACAUCCGCAGCGACAUGGACAGCAUCCGCAGGACCAUGGGCACCUGCCCGCAGCACAACGUGCUCUUUGACAUCCUCACCGUGGAGGAGCACAUCUGGUUCUACGGGCGGCUCAAGGGGCUCUCCGAGGAGCAGGUGCAGCGGGAGACGGAGCAGCUGCUUCACGAUACGGGGCUGCCGCACAAGCGGCGCGAGCAGACGAGGAGCCUCUCGGGCGGCAUGCAGAGGAAGCUCUCGGUGGCCAUCGCCUUUGUGGGUGGCUCGCGCGUGGUGCUGCUGGACGAGCCCACGGCCGGCGUGGACCCCUACUCGCGCCGCAGCAUCUGGGAGCUGCUGCUCAAGUACCGCGCAGGCCGCACCAUCAUCCUGUCCACGCACUACAUGGACGAGGCCGACCUGCUGGGCGACCGCGUGGCCAUCGUGGCGCGGGGCCGGCUCUGCUGCUGCGGCUCCCCGCUCUUCCUCAAGACCCGGCUGGGCACUGGCUACUACCUCACGCUGGUGAAGCGGGAGCGGGGCGGCGUGGGCGCCCCUGGCCCCCCCGGCCCCCCCAGGAAGGACGGGAGCGACUCGGAGCGCAGCAGCGACACGGGCCUGGGCAGCGAGCGGGACAGCGAGGCCAGCACCGUGGAUGUGCCCCAGCUCUCGCUGCUGAUCCAGAGGCUGGUCCCAGGCUCACGGCUGGUGGAAGACAUCGGGCAGGAGCUGCUCUUCGUGCUGCCCUACAACAGGGCCGAGGACGGCUCCUUCGCGGAGCUCUUCCGGGAGCUGGACGGGCGCCUGGGCGAGCUGGGCAUCUCCAGCUAUGGCAUCGCGGACACGAGCCUGGAGGAGAUCUUCCUGCGGGUGACCGAGGACGAGGGGGUGGACGUUGAUGUGGCAGUCCAAGGAGCCAGGAGAGCCGAGGAGCCGCAGGAGACAGACCGGCUGCGCGGCACCGGCCCCCGGGGGUCCCGCCGCGCCGCGGGCUGGGCGCUCGCCCGCCAGCAGCUCCGCGCGCUCUUCAUCAAGCGGCUGCUGCACGCGCGGCGCAGCACGCGCGGCUUCUUCGCCCAGAUCGUGCUGCCCGCCGUCUUCGUCUGCAUCGCGCUGCUCUUCAGCCUCAUCGUGCCGCCAGUGGGGCGGUACCCGCCGCUGCGCCUGCGCCCCUCCAUGUACGGGCCGCAGUUCACCUUCUUCAGCGACGACGCGCCGGGGGACCCCAACACCGCGCGGCUGCUGGCCGCCCUCCUGGCCGAGCCCGGCUUCGGCACCGAGUGCAUGAAGGGCGAAGGGGACGCCGCGGGGCCGUGCCCGCCGGCCUCCCACCCCGACGGGUUCCGGGUGCCGGUGGCGUCGCCAGCCGCGCUGGCUGCGCUGCGGCACAGGAACGGGACCGCGGCGGAGCCGUCGCCGCCGUGCCGCUGCAGCGCGCCCGGCGCCCGCAGGAUGCUGCCCGACUGCCCUGACGGCGCCGGGGGGCUGCCCCCACCACAGGUGCAAAGGGGCACUGGGGACGUCCUGCAGAACCUGACAGGCAGGAACAUCUCCGACUACCUGGUGAAGACCUAUCCGCAGAUCAUCCGGCAGGGGCUGAGGAACAAGAAGUGGGUGAAUGAGCACAGGUACGGCGGCUUCUCGCUGGGCGCCCGCAGCUCCCAGCUCCUGCCGUCGGCGGAGGAGGUGGACGCGGCCGUGCAGGAGCUCCGGGCGCUGUUCAAUGUCACGCCGGGCAGCCCUGCGGACCGGCUGCUCAGCAACCUCAGCCGCUUCAUGGAGGGCCUGGAGACGCGCAGGAACAUCAAGGUCUGGUUCAACAACAAGGGCUGGCACGCCAUGGUCUCCUUCCUCAACGUGGCCAGCAACGGGCUGCUGCGGGCCGGACUGCGGGCGGGCGCUGACCCCGCGCGCUUCGGCAUCACAGCCACCAACCACCCGCUCAACCUCACCAAGGAGCAGCUCUCGGAGGCUGCGCUGAUGGCCACCUCGGUGGACGUGCUGGUCUCCAUCUGCGUGAUCUUCGCCAUGUCCUUCGUCCCGGCCAGCUUCGUGCUCUUCCUCAUCGAGGAGCGGGUCAGCAAGGCCAAGCACCUGCAGUUCGUCAGCGGCCUGAAGCCCGUCACCUACUGGCUGGGCAACUUCGCCUGGGACAUGUGCAACUACCUGGUGCCCGCGCUGCUCGUUGUCCUCAUCUUCGUCUGCUUCCAGCAGAAAUCCUACGUGUCCUCGGCCAACCUGCCCGCCCUGGUCCUGCUGCUGCUGCUCUAUGGCUGGUCCAUCACGCCCCUGAUGUACCCGGCCUCCUUCCUCUUCAGCAUCCCCAGCACCGCCUACGUGGCCCUGACCUGCAUCAACCUCUUCAUCGGCAUCAACGGCAGCGUGGCCACCUUUGUGCUGGAGCUCUUCGUGGACCAGAACCUCAACGACAUCAACCGCGUCCUCAAGAAAGUCUUCCUUGUCUUCCCGCACUUCUGCCUGGGCCGGGGCCUCAUUGACAUGGUGAAGAACCAGGCCAUGGCCGAUGCCUUUGAGAGGUUUGGGGACAAGCGCUUCGUGUCCCCGCUGCGCUGGGAGCUGGCAGGCAAGAACAUGUUCGCCAUGGCGCUGGAAGGCGUCAUCUUCUUCCUCCUCACGUUGCUGCUGCAGUACCGCUCCUGCCUGUGGCUCAGGCCCCCGGCGCCGCCGCUGCCGCCGCUGGGCCAGGAGGACGAGGACGUGGCCCGGGAGCGCGCGCGGGUGGGCGCCGCGCCGAGCGCCUCCCACGUGCUGCUGCUCAGGGACCUCACCAAGGUUUACCGGGGCAGGAAGGUGCCGGCCGUGGACCGGCUCUGCGUGGCCAUCCCGCCCGGCGAGUGCUUCGGCCUGCUGGGGGUGAACGGCGCCGGCAAGACGACCACCUUCAAGAUGCUCACGGGGGACACAGAGGUGACGCUGGGGGAGGCCUGGCUGCAGGGGCACAGCGUCCGCACCGAGCUGCCCUCCGUGCACCAGAGCAUGGGCUACUGCCCGCAGUUCGAUGCCAUCACCGACCUGCUCACAGGCCGCGAGCACCUCGAGUUCUACAGCCGCCUGCGCGGGGUGCCCGAGGAGGAGACGGCCGGGGUGGCUCAGUGGGGCAUCGCCAAGCUGGGGCUGGGGCCACACGCGGACCAGCCGGCCGGCAAGUACAGCGGGGGCAACAAGCGCAAACUGUCCACGGCCAUCGCGCUGCUCGGCUGCCCGCCCGUCGUCUUCCUGGAUGAGCCCACAACAGGCAUGGACCCGCGGGCCCGGCGCUUCCUCUGGGACUGCAUCCUCAGCGUCAUCAGGGAGGGCAGGUCCGUGGUGCUCACGUCGCACAGCAUGGAGGAGUGCGAGGCGCUGUGCACCCGCAUGGCCAUCAUGGUGAACGGCCGCUUCCGCUGCCUGGGCAGCAUCCAGCACCUCAAGAACCGGUUCGGUGACGGCUACACGGUGGUGGUGCGGGCGGGCGCGCGUGGGCCAGCGCUGCUGGAGGGCGCCCUGCGGCGCCGCUUGCCCGGCCUCGUGCUGCAGGAGCGGCACGGCGCCCUGCUGCGCUGCCGCCUGCCCGCCGCCGCCGCCUCCCUCGCCACCGUCUUCAGCGUCCUGGCCGCCGAGCGCGAGCCCUGCGGCAUCCAGGACUACUCCGUGUCCCAGACCACACUGGAUCAGGUGUUCGUGCAAUUCGCCAAGGAGCAGGGUGAUGGGGACCCCGCUGGGGACGUGGCGCUGGGGCAGGACGCGGCCCCCAUGCCCGCGCAGGUGCUGGAGGACGAGAGCUGCCAGGAGAGCGCGGUGUGA